GUAAUCGCGAGUGACGCGAAAAGGCGGAGAAACAACUUCCGGGACUGGAAGGUACAACUCGGUAUUUGAAUCCAAUAGCCGGAAGCCAAAGCUCGUGUAAAGAGGGCUAAGUACAGACUACGUUAGUUGCUAUCCAGAUCUGGCCCAGGCAUCGUCUACAAGACACAAUCACCCUGGUAUACCUAACAAUUGAGGCGUUGCAUAGACGUAUCUUUGAAAUAGGCUCUCCAGACCGGUCCGGAUAAAUCACACUAUACGAUCCCCAAAGCACUGUUUGUCUUUAGAUCAGAGAAAGCUCAGAGACUUUAAUCCAGUUCAUCACAGCCAAGCGAGCUUCACUGUCGAACUCCAUUUCCGAUUCUUCAUAGCAUCCCUUUGGUCUCAAGCCCCUACCUAGCCAGAUCUUAUUGGCAUAUUUAUCCCCUUCUCUGGUUUAAGCCUCCUUUACAUCUUCUGCUAAGCUUGCUCCAUGACCAUGCCCCAUGACUUCUACAUCGGGGUCAAGCCAUCUCCUGCCACCUGUGCUAAUGCCGCUUCGGACCAACAACUCAUCCAGCAAUACAACACCGAAGGCUACAACAUGGUGCUCUUGCCUAUCACCAACUCCAAAUACCGCGACACCUGCCAGACCAUCUUCCAGGCCAGCUUUCCCGCGGCGGUCCCGUCCCCAAAGCUCUCCGAAGUAAACCUUCUCCCAGGAACGCACCUCGCAAACACGAUCGGAUUGGUGGCCAGCUGGAUCGAACUCGAAUCGGGGGAGCCUUCCAUUGCAAGCUUUUCCAGAAAGGUGUUCGAACACGAGCUAGCGUAUGCCAGCUAUAUCGGGCUUACCCACGUCAUCAUUGCGCCCCCAAAAGACACCCAGCAAUUGGCAAACUAUAGCAAUACCGUGGCUAAGGCGUUGAUGCGGUUUCCCCGGUUGAACUUGUCCAUAUCACUCCCCAUGUGCGAAGAAGUAGCGCUGUCGGCGAGCUCUGCUCCAGACUUUCUCUCCACGUGGGAGAUGUGGAACUCCCUUCGCGUUCACUGCGACUACCCUGCCAAUCUCUCGAUAUCGCUAGCCCUUCCCAAGUCGGUGGUCCCGCCGUACGUGGUUUCGCGCUGGCUCGCCGAGCCCAUCGUCUGCCUCCUCAUCUCCCUGUCGUCCUUCCUCAUCAACGCCAAGCAGUAUCCCGUAUUGGCCAAAAGCAACCAGAGGAUCAUCACCGCUUUACUCGGCGUACCCAGGCCCCCCCUUUUGUUGCUCCACGGCAUCGAACGGUGCGAGACUGUGGCCGGUGAGAAGGGCUACUACAAUUAUCUCCGGUUCUUGCUCAAGAAGGUGAGCCCGUGCGAGGAAGACGCAGACGUUCUAAGACCGCCGUUGGAGCCCAUUCGGGGCCAGUUGUCGGACGAGGUGUACUCUCUGUUUGAGGGGGAUACGACAAAGUAUGAGGUGUAUGGUAGGGCUAUAGAGUUGGCCGUGGACGAGCUCUGGGGAAAGCUCCCCAAAAAGGCGCCAAAAUCUUAUCUGGGAACUGGCCAAACCAGCAGCCCCAACCCUAUUCACCCGACGUUCUCUCGCAGCAGAGACUCCGAAGCCACCGCAUACUCCUCAGUGUCCGAAUCCACCAACCUGUUUCAUAGUCCCGUUAACUCUGGCUUCAGCUUUUCUCGGUCUGAGCUUGAUCAGCCCGCUGGCUGGAGCAAGGAUUUGGCCCUUGACCGCUCUACCUCCGGAUCACCCCUCCCCUAUUCCGAGUCCAUCCGCAUUGAGGGUGUUUCCGGUGUUUCCGGUAUUUCCAAGAAGUAUUCCGAGGAAACUAUCGAAACAACCAACCUCUUUCCGGGAAUACAGCCAUUUGGCCUGCCUGUCCAAACCGUUUCCAGCAAUGGCACCAUUGCCCCGCCCCAAAGCGGUGGCCCCGGCCCUCUCAAAACGCCCAGUGCUCGCCCCACCUCCCCUGUGUUGUCAGAAUCGAGCACUGGCGAUUCUGACCCCUCUGACUGGUCUAAUCCGAAACAGUUGAGUGCGGCACACGUGGUUGCGGAAUCUCCGUUUUCCCAAGCCGAAUUCAAUUGGUUUCCCAGACCACCCACCCAAUCCUAUGGCUCUAUCCCAUCAACCCCGAAAGAUCCCAUCUCCUUGGCCCCGAAAGACUCCGUUCCCCUAACCCCGAAGGAUUCCAUCCCAUCAACCCCGAAAGACUCCAUCCCCCUAACUCCGAAAGACUCCGCCCCCUUAACUCUGGUAACCAGUCCUCUAGGGGAUAACUACCAGUACCGGUCCGGGUGGAAGUUUCCGGCUGCAACUGUCACCAGCCCUGACGGUCUCACUGAAGGUGAUAGCCCCCCCUCCGCACUAAGAGUUGCCAUUCUCGGAGCUGGUCGCGGACCGCUUGUCCACCAGCUCUUCCAGGCGCUCGACCGACUCAACCUUUCUACGAGCUCUGUCCAGAUCACUGCCGUUGAAAAGAACCCCCAUGCGCUUAUCCAUCUCUACCAGAAGAACCGCGAUCUGUGGGGGUCGCAGGUGACCAUUACGGCCAAAGACAUGCGCCAGCUUUCAGGAACGUUUGACUUGGUUAUUAGCGAGCUUCUUGGGUCGUUCGGCUGCAAUGAGCUAUCCCCCGAGUGUCUCCAUGGUGUAAAUCGUAUGCUUUCUCCGGGAGGCAUUUGUAUCCCGCGGUCGUACCAGAGCUACAUUGCCCCUGCCUUUUCACCCCGCAUGUACUCCCUCGUGGGGAGCUUAGGGGAAGAGGGGAAGAAAAGGUGGCACCAGGGCUAUGUGGUCAACAUCAAAAGCAUGGAUGUGUUGUCCCGAAUCCACAAAUGCUGGGAAUUCACCCACGGAGAGAGCGCCAAGGCAUUGCCUGGAAAUGGCACCAAUUAUGGCCGCAACCAUACAUCUUCAUUUAAUGUCCACCACAAGGCAACAAUCCAUGGCCUUGUGGGCUACUUUACGGCGGUCCUCUAUCCCGGGAUCUAUCUUUCCACCAACCCGCAGUUUGAUCCACGGGAUGUCAAUAAUAAGAGCCCUGGAGUUGGCCGCGUUGAUUUGAACGUAUCCACUCCCAAGACGUCCUCGCCUGUUUCCGUAAUCACUCCUACGCUGGCAAAACUGUUUUCAAAGGGCAUUACCCCCAACCUCCGUUCGUGGUACCCCAUGUGGCUUCCGCUAGAGACGCCGCUCCACGUUCUGGACGACACCGAGGUGGAGGUGAAUAUCCGUAGACAAUGCGAGGAUGAAAGGGUUUGGUACGAAUGGAGCUUGGAGAGCUACAUCUAUGUGGUCAGUGAGAGCGGUAACGAUGAGGCGAUGGCCCGGGUUAAAACCGGGGUUACCAAGUUGCACAACCCCGGUGGGAUCCAUAGCUCGUAUGAGGUUUAGAAGGAAAUGCUUUGAAACUUUCAUCUGGUGUAUAUCUAAUCUG